UUUACAUCCUCUUUGUUUUCAUGGUUUAUGCCUUAAGGUGUCUAAAGUCUAAACUCAAAAUCAAGAUUAGUCGUUAAAAAAAAGCCUAAAACUAAAUUAAAUUUGUACAAACUUGAAACUUCUAGGAUUCUAACUAUUUAUACCAACUAUAAAUUUUUAUUAUAAAUAUUAUGUCCAGCGAAAAAAAGAAAGUUCUCUUUAUUUGCCUCGGUAAUAUAUGCCGAUCACCGAUAGCAGAAGGAGUAUUUAGGAAAGUUGUAAACGAUUUGAAUAAAGGUGAUCUAUGGGAUAUUGAUAGUGCUGCAAUAGGAGGAUGGCAUGUAGGGAAUCCUCCUGACUGGCGUGCAUUAGAUACUAUGAAAAAACACAAUGUCCCAUAUGAUAACACAGCUAGACAGAUAACAAAAGAUGAUUUUAACUAUUAUGAUUACAUAUUUGGUAUGGAUGAAGAAAACAUGAAGUCACUUAAUUCGAAGGCACCAAAAGGUUCAAAAGCUAAGCUUUUAUUAUUUGGUAACUUUGAUCCAGAGGGAGACAGGAUAAUAAGGGAUCCAUACUAUGACAGUGACUCUGCUGGUUUUGAGAAGUGUUACCAUCAAUCUGUGAGAUGUUCAAAAGGAUUCUUGGAACAGAUAGAAAAGGGAAAUGUCUAAAGCUGUUUUCUAUAACAGUAUAUGUAUUAGAAAAAUAAAAGAAUGCACUCAUUAAAAAUGUGUGUCAUCCUGAUAAUGA